AUGGACGACGAAGCGAUCUAUAAGUUCCGACAGAAUCUCGCGACCGCACUGCUACGCCUGGCACCCUCGACCCGAGCGGUGCACGCCGAUGACGUUCUCAACACAACUGACGACGUCGCGCCUCCAGUGCAUGUGAGCACAACCUUCCGCUAUCCUCGGGAUCCAGCGCGCUUGCGCCCCCAUCAUGAACGACCAUCCUAUCCAAUCCUCGACGUAGGAGAGCAUUGCUACUCCCGACAAUCGACGCCGGGAGUGACACGUCUCGAGGCACUAUUGACAUCCAUCAUAGGCCAUCCAAGCAUCACGUAUUCUUCUGGUCUGGCCUCCUUCCAUGCCCUACUCAACUUUCUCAACCCAAGAAAAGUCUCUAUCGGUGCAGGCUACCAUGGAUGUCACGGAACUCUCGAGCUCUAUUCUCGAGCUUCUGGCGCUGAGAUAAUCCCGCUGGACUGCGCAAUCGAUGAGCUGGACUCGGGCGAUCUCAUUCAUCUCGAAACUCCCGUCAAUCCAACGGGUGAAGCUUUAAGCAUCCAGUACUACGCCGAUCGGGCUCACUCCCGGGGCGCUUUCCUCAGCGUAGACUCAAAGUUUGCGCCACCUCCACUACAGGACCCUUUCCUCCAUGGCGCGGAUAUCGUAAUGCAUUCCGGAACCAAGUACAUUGGGGGCCACUCCGAUUUCCUUUGCGGGAUUCUCGCGGUCAAGAGAGAAGACUGGUUUCAGAAACUUCACCAGGAUCGAUUGUUCCUCGGAUCGACUAUGGCGGGCUUCGAUAGUUGGCUUGGGACGAGGAGUAUGCGGACGCUCGAAAUGAGAGUCCUUCGUCAGAGCCAGUCAGCCGAGUAUAUCGUGCGUGCACUGCAUUCCGCUCUGUCGACAUCGCCUCAGACGAAUGUCCUAGGCGACGAGCAACGUGCGAUCGUUCGGAGGGUGGUCAAAGAGGUACACCAUGCCAGUUUACAGGAAGACGCGCAAGACUGGCUACGGAAGCAAAUGCCACGAGGGUAUGGCCCGGUAUUUGCGCUCACAUUGCGCGAGGUCGAUGCCGCAAAGAGCCUCCCGUCGAAAUUGCUCCUCUUCCACCACGCAACCAGUCUCGGCGGUGUCGAAAGUCUGAUUGAGUGGCGCACAAUGACGGACUCAACUGUGAGCAAGGAUUUCCUGAGGGUUAGCAUCGGCGUGGAAAGUCCAGAGGAUCUCUUGGCCGAUCUUGUGCAAGGUCUCCGAGCGGUAGCUUCGCAGAAGGCGAAACUAUAG